GGAAGGCAUUGCAUCCCAUCUCAUUAUGGGACAAGUGCAAUGCUGCUGCUGCCGAGAACGAGAAUCGGAAGCUUUGUGCCCUGCGCUGGAGGAGCUAUGGGGCGAAGGUGGCCAGGGCCCCGACGGCCCCGACGGCCCCGACGGCUCCGACAACCCAGAGAUGCAGAUGUCGACUGCUGAGGCCUGGCAGCGCACCCCGCGCGGUCGCGAAGGGCUCCCCACCAUGGUCAUCGGCCCCCGCGCGCGCAGCCUGGGGACCCUGGCGGAGCCUCAGAAGGAGAGCCUGGGAAGUUGCAAGGCCGAGAGCGAGUCGCCGGCGCGCAAGCAGUGGCGUAGGGUCCGGCGAUUGUAUGACGGUGGCUAUGUCAUGCAAGGGCUGCUCAAUGACAUUCGGUCCAAGCAGACGGAAGGCAUGUACAACCUGGACUGGGCCAACCUGCCCGUCCAACGAGCUCAGAGCUCGCAACCCACGAGCCCCACGAGCUCAGCGAUGAACGGCCAGCUGCGCUCUUCGCCGCGCAGAAGCGACGAGACGGAGGCGGUCUACGCGAAAGACUGGACUUCGUCGGUGCCGGGGCACCCGUCCCCCGCGGCCAUCGAGAACUGGAAGAAGGUCAGACGCGUGUCGGAUGCCAACAAGGUCUUCAAUGGUGUGCUGGAUGGUGUGCGCUGCCGGCAGACGGAAGAGAUGUAUGCCAAGGACUGGACACAGGCCUCACCAUCGGCCGCCAGUGACCAGGAGCCGUUGACGGCAGUGAGUGCCGAGUGCUCGGCCAGCGCAAGUGGAUAGGAAAAAGCGAAAAAGCUGAAAGGAGGAUGGCUGAAUGAUGUAAGGAUCUGUGAG